CUUCCUCUAAAUCUCUCUUUUCCUCGCUGUGUCUUGGCAUCUCACUCCCCCCUUGACCAUGUCCGACUCCUCUAUAACCCCCUCGCUCCGCCUCUACACCACCCACACCUCCUCUGCCUCACACCGGCCGUGGAUUGCCCUCGCCUACAAGCAGCUCCCCUACGAGGCAGUGUAUGUGAACCUGUCUGCAAAGGAACAAAAUAAGCCCGACUAUCUCAGCCGGAUCAAUCCAAACGCUCGCGUACCCGCACUUGAGGUGGUCCAGGAAGGUGGGCAAAGCCUCUGGCUAAGGAACAGCUUAACUGCUCUCCUCUACCUCGACUCAGCCUUUCUGGAGUCUCCACGUCUUCUGCCUCCUGAGACCGAUUGGCCCCGCCGAGCCCUUGUCCUGGACCUUGUCGGCAUCAUUCAGGCGGACACCCAGCCCGUCUGCAACUCCUCCGUCGCCCGACGAGCAGCCGAAUGGGCGGUAGGCAAGACGCUCGAGGAAGGGGCUGACCAUGAAGCUGUCACGCAGAAGGCCAUUGAGUGGCGUGUGCAUGCGACUGAGAGGGCUUUGAUGGCAGUAGAGAGGACGAUCAGCUCCAAUGAAGUCCAGAAGGCGGGCAAGUACGCGGUAGGCGAUGACUUUACAAUGGCGGACGUUAUCCUGGCAGCGCAGUUAGACAUGGCUUUGGCGUGAGUACAGAAGGGGCAGCCGCGGUGGGCCUGGCAAGCUGAAUCCAUGCGUACUUCUCUAUUGCACAGGUGCAAGAUCAAUCUCUCUGCCUAUCCAACCAUUGAGCGCAUCUGGCGUAACAUACAGGCUCACCCGGCUGUGAUUGCAGGCGCUGCUGAGAAGCAGGGAGAUCAUCCUGAUUACAAGGGGGUG